AUGACAAAUAUACCAUUUGAAUCGAAAGAAAUUGCAUUACGAAAACUUGAACAUGUGACUGAUGAAUAUUCUCAAAUAAAUCCAUUCAAAAAAGUACCAGUUAUCAGUGACUCAGGUUUUAUUCUUACCGAAAGUGUGGCAAUUUUUAUGUAUCUUUGUGAUAAAUACAAAAAAAAUGAUUGGUAUUCAGUAGAUUUAAAAGAACGAGCACGUGUUAAUGAAUAUGCUAAUUGGCAACAUGCCAAUUUACGCGCUAAUGGUGCAAUGCUUUUUCGUACAAAAAUUAUCACACCUCGUAUGACUAAGAAGCCACCAAAUGAACGUGAAUUAGAAAAAUGGCAUGAACGAUGGGAAAGUUCUAUUGAUGAUCUUGAAAAUAUAUGGUUAAAACGAUCAUCUUAUUUAGGUGGUAAUCAUCUGACAUUUGCUGACUUACUUGGUAUUUGUGAACUGAUGCAACCAAUUGCUGCAGGGUAUAAUUUAAAUCAAGAAAAAUUUCCUCGUGUUCAUGAUUGGGUGCAACGAGUAAAACGAGAAACACAACCCUAUUUCGAUGAAGCCCAUGCCGUUCCUAUGCGUAUGAGACGAGAUAUAUUAAAAAAUCAAAAUUCUAAACUUUAA